CUUGACGCUGAGAGACUACUGCUCUUGGUCGGUCUUGGUAACCGUGACAAUACUAUAUCGCCGCUGUGAGGGUCCGCAUAUGUGACGUCGUCAUUCUUUCAACGAUGGAAAGCUUCGUAGUCUUGAGGGUAUAUAAGAGGGACGAAUAAGCCCCGAUUGGGAAGCAGAAAACCUUCUACAGAACAAAUUCACUUGAAGCAUCUUGCAUCCAACCAUUCUAUCAAACUAUCAAAAUCGAAACCCAUCAGUUCAACCACAAAAUAUGAACAUGAAUUCCCAAUAUAACAACAACACCAACACCUCUGCUAUCAACGACAACAUGAUGGACGAGAGGCAAAGGGAGAUGGAAGUCAAGGAGUACCAGCACGCAACUCGAAACCGCCGACCCUCUAUGCUCGAAGAAGCCGAAGCAUUCGCAAACGCAAACUCACCACGCACAUCCACCUCCGGCGACUCGGAAUUCCUCACUCCAGAGCAAGCCAAUGCCCAGAGGUCCAACCGCAACUCUAGCCGCUCGCCAUCGAGGUCGGCAGAGCCCGAGAUCAGGAGGGCCAGCGGCCACUUCACGGCACCCAUGUCGCACCCCAAGGUGGUGCAACAGCAGGGAAGGAGCGGAAAGAUGGAGAGCUGGAAGGCAAACAUGCUCGGAAAGUUGAAGUAGAUGGAUAUCUUUUUGGGGUGCCUGACUUGGGGUCAGGUCAAUGUAUUGCAUAGGUCCUCGGGGAGACUAUCACCAUUGUAUGAGUAGCAUGUCUUUUUAUUUCUUCAUUACGACCUAGAUGAGACCUUGCCGAUGGUCGAAAGAUCUUGGGCAAGAUGAAGUUUACGAAUUUAUGGUCUGCAAUCAUGAU